AGAAGACUGUAAAAGAUUUAUGGAACAUGACAGCAAGGAUCAAGUUCAAGCAUGCACUUAGUGAGUUGAAAGCUAAGUGUGCAAAGAGAAACUUUCAAGCUAAGCCUCCAGAUAUGAAUCCAGAGUUAUGGGUGAAGCUUGUUCAUUUAUGGACUGAGGACGAGGGUCAUUUGAGAAGGUCAAGUUCUGCAAAGGCUAAUUGAGCAAAAAGACCGAGGGUGACGCAUACCAGCGGUUCAAUGGACGUUAAUGUUUAUAGAAAGAAAAUGCAACAAGCAAACCCUGAGGGUCGUCCACCAACAUAUCUUGAGGUCUACACCAGUAGAAGGCAGCACAAAGGAAAAGAAAAAGAUCAACUGCUUGUAUAUUGUAAUGAUGAGGCUCAAGAAAUUGGAGAAAAAUUGGCAGCUGGAUAUGCUAUUAGACAAGAGGAAGAAGGAUUUGACCCCACAAUACCUCAUGCUGAGAUAUUACUUAGGGCAACUGGUGGGGUCAAGAAAGGAUGGUUGAAAGGUUUGGAUAUUCACACACAUCCACAGGAUAUAGGUGUGAGCACAUCUAGACGAGAACCAUUCAGGCCACCCAUUAUAGGACAGUCUAAUAGGCCUACGGCAGCAACAAUCGACCCUUGCGACACAGAUGCAGCAACUCUACCAGUAUUUAGGGAUGACCCCAGCGGAUACCAGUGGGACAGUCACCCCUAGGACACCCCGAGAUAUUUUGGUUUUUUAUAUUUCAAUUAAAUAUUUGUAUUGACU